ACACGCAGCUGCUGCCGGACAAUCACACCUCCGAUCGGCUCGGAGCGAUUGGUCACGGACAGUCCGAUUCGGCUCCGGCUUUUCGCCGUAAUUAAUCAGCCCCGCCCUGCGCCCCAGCCGGGUCGGGACCGCAGUAUUUAUAGCGUCCCCGGAGGCAGCCCGCUGCGUGGCGCUCUCAUCAAGGUCGCUCGGAAGACUUUCUCCCCGGGCAAGAAACCGGACAGGGGCUUUUUAUUCUAAAGCUAGAAAUCGGGAUAAUUUUGAAAGUGCAGGACGUACCGGUUUCAGGGCUGUCUAGGUGGACUUGCUUCGGAUUAGGGUUAGGGUUAGUAAAGGUGGAGAGACCCCUGAAAGCCUACUGACAGUGAACAUGGCGAUGGAGUACCCCCAGGUCUUGUGUCUCUGGCUUUUCUCACUGGGCUUUUUAACAAGCGCCGCUCAGUCCUCUGACCGGAGCGGAGAUCCAGGCAGGCUGCUGCUGCUCACUGUCGCCACCCGUGAGACCGAUGGCUUCCUGCGCUUCAUGCAGUCUGCCAGCUACUUCAACUACACUGUGAAGGUGCUGGGGAUGGGUGAGGAGUGGCGAGGCGGUGACGUGGGGAGCGGUCUCGGUGGGGGGCAGAAGGUGCGGCUCCUGAAGGAGGCUAUGGAGUUACUGGCGGAUCAGGAGGACCUGGUGAUUCUGUCAGUGGACAGCUAUGACGUGAUCUUCGCUGGUGGACCAGAGGAGCUGCUGAGGAAGUUCAGACAAAGCAACCACAAGGUGAUGUUUGCUGCUGAUGGCCUCAUUUGGCCGGAUCGAAGGCUCGCGGAGAAGUACCCGUCAGUACGCACUGGCAAGCGCUUCCUCAACUCAGGGGGAAUCAUUGGUUAUGCCCCCAAUGUCCACAAAAUACUGCAGCAAUGGGACCUAAAUGACAAUGACGAUGAUCAGCUGUUUUAUACCAAAAUAUACCUGGACCCGCUGCAAAGGGAACGUCUGAAUAUCACACUGGAUCACAAGUGCCAGAUUUUCCAGAAUCUGAAUGGUGCUAUUGACGAGGUUCUACUGAAGUUCGCCACCGAACGGGUGCGAGUGAGGAACACGGCCUACGAUACGCUGCCCGUGGUCGUCCAUGGCAAUGGCAACAGCAAGAUUUACCUGAACUACUUGGGUAACUAUGUCCCCAAUGCCUGGAGCUACGAGCAUGGCUGUGCCGUCUGUGAUCGGGACACUGUGGACCUAUCCAAAGUCGAGGAAUAUCCCUCGGUGAUGGUGGCCGUGUUUAUCGAGCAGCCCACUCCAUUCCUGCCAGAGUUCUUCGAGAGGCUUCUGCUGCUCGAUUACCCGAAGGAGAAACUCAGCCUUUUCAUCCAUAACAGCGAAGUUUACCACGAGAGCCACAUCCAGAAGUUCUGGGACACGAACCGGCUUGUCUAUAGGAGCUUGAAGCUAGUGGGUCCUGAGGAGGAUCUGAGCCAGAGCGAGGCCAGGAACAUGGGCAUGGAUGAGUGUCGUAAGGAUGCUGGGUGCGACUUCUACUUCAGCAUCGACUCCAGCGUCAUACUGACCAACAGACAGACCCUGAAGCUCCUCAUCGAGCAGAACAGGAAAAUAAUUGGCCCUCUGGUGAGUCGUCAUGGCAAGCUGUGGUCUAACUUCUGGGGGGCGCUCAGCCUGGACGGCUAUUAUGCCCGAUCUGAGGACUAUGUGGACAUCGUGCAGGGGAAGCGCGUCGGCAUGUGGAACAUCCCCUACAUGGCCUACAUCUACCUCAUCAAAGGAGAGACGCUGCGGACCGAGCUGAGGAACAGGAACUUCUUUGUUCUGGAGAAGCUGGACCCGGAUAUGGCAGCGUGCCGGAAUGCCCGGGAUAUGACCGUACAGAGAGAGAAAGACUCUCCUUCCCCGGAAUCGUUCCCUAUGCUCAGGCCCCCCAAGGGAGUAUUCAUGUACAUUACAAACCGCCACGAGUUCGGAAGGCUGAUUUCUACAGUUAAUUACAACACAUCCCAUUACAACAACGACCUGUGGCAGAUCUUUGAAAAUCCCCUGGACUGGAAGGAAAAAUACAUACACCCGAACUACACACGGAUCUUCACAGAAAGCCUCACUGAGCAGCCCUGUCCGGACGUCUUCUGGUUUCCGGUGUUUUCUGAAAAAGCUUGUGAUGAGCUCGUCGAAGAGAUGGAGAAUUACGGCCUUUGGUCAGGAGGAAAGCAUCAGGACAAACGCAUUACUGGGGGCUACGAAACCGUCCCUACGGACGACAUCCACAUGUCCCAGAUCGGCUUCGAGAAGGAGUGGCUGCACUUCAUCCGCGAGUUCAUCUCCCCCGUCACCUUGAAAGUCUUCUCCGGUUACUACACCAAGGGCUUCGCCUUGCUGAACUUCGUGGUGAAGUACAGCCCCGAAAGACAAGCCUCGCUCAGACCGCACCACGACACGUCCACGUUCACCAUCAACAUCGCGCUCAACAACAAAGGCAUCGAUUUCCAGGGUGGCGGCUGCCGCUUCCACCGCUACAACUGCACCAUCGAGUCGCCGCGGAAGGGGUGGAGCUUUAUGCACCCGGGCCGGCUGACGCACCUCCACGAAGGCCUGCCCACUACCGGGGGCACACGCUACAUCGCCGUCUCCUUCAUCGACCCCUGAGCCCCCCACCCCCCCCAUUGACGCCCCUCCUGGACUCUCAGCUGCUCUUGUUUUUCCCAUUUCCCUGUUUCUUAACCCCAUUGUCCAAAACGAGGGUUUGCCGAAAAACCCCACCACCUCCCAUGUGACGACUGAGAGGCUUCACUGAUGCUGCUGCAGUUUAACACCUUUAAGCAUCAAACCCCUGGUUCCAAACCUCCGUGCUCUGAUUUCCUUUCCAUUUCGAUGUUUCUCUUUUGGUCAGCAGUUCAGCCUAUUUUCUGGUCACUUGUCAGACACGCUUUGCUUGUAUGUUAUCAUUUCACACAGAUGAUCACGGUAAUUUUCACGGUGAAGUUCAGAGGCCAAAGCCCAAGUCUCUACUUGAAAUUAAUUUUUUUUCCAUGAAAAGAGAAACUUUACAAGCUGAAUUUUAUGAAUCGAUAUCUUAGUGUUUUUUUUUAUGGACUUUCAGACCUCAGCCAAGGAAAACAUUUUAACUUAUUUUGUGAAGUUGAUAAUUAAAUAAAUGUUUUAAAACUGG